AUGUCUUCAGAGGAACUCAAACGGGCCAUCACAUCUAUCUUGCCUGAUCUUCCUGAUCACACCCUGAACGACUUGAUUGGUGGACUCCAAGACAUAGGAGUUGAUAGGGAAUCUGAUUUCCCUCUUGUACAAGAGGCCGACCUAGAGAGAUUUUUGAGACCCAUUCAGUGUCGAAGACUGCUGAAAGCAUGGGCAUGUGAAGAACAAGCCAGUUGUUCAACGCCACAGCGGUCCUUCGAACAACGUUCUCCCGAACCAUCAAGCCCUAUGCCUGGUACGAUCAUCGCAUCACAUUCUUCACAAUCACCUCCUCCUGCCUCCUCCACUGCUUCUUAUGGUUGGGCUGAGACAUUUAAGGUUCCUUGGGAAGUAAUGCCAUCUGGAAUUAAGUUGGCUAUCGCCAAUAACAAAAGACCUUCACCUGCAGACCGAAGGCAGCUAGUCAGGAUGGUAGUGGAUGCCAUUAGGAGACAUGAGGUCAAUCCAUCAAGAGCACAGUGUCAAAUCAUAGCUCAGAGCAUUGUUAAGAAAUAUCCAGAUAGCUUUGCCGAUGUUCUGUCUGAUGGUAUGACUAUCGGCAGUGGUUAUGGCUCUUUACUUGUUCAACUGAAAACCCGUGUUGAACAUGUGAAUAGAAACAACACAUUGGCUCGACGUAGAAAGGAACGUGUUAGAUCUGCAGUUGGAUCAAUGACCUCAAACUCAAGGCGACCUGUUGACCAGUAUGGGUGUGUCCGUUGGCAGCCAGAGGAGCUUCCUGUUGGAGAAAAUGAAAAUACUUUAGAAGAAAAACGGAAGGAACUAGUACAGCUGUAUUCUACUCAAGGAGUAUCCGGAGCUGAUAGGGGAGAGGUUCAUCAGCUGAUGGAGGUCACAUAUUACAGGCAACGUUGUGACAUAAAUGCCAUUCCACCACCAUCAUUGUCCGUCCUGAAGAACUCUUGGCCUUACCUGUUCUGUUUGAAGGGGAUCUCCAUUCAUUUCCAGUUGCUCACUGACAUACCAUUAGUCCACAGAGUCAUGGAGGGCUUUGAAGUGAAAGGAAGGAGGAUCCUGAGAUUCUUUCAAGAAAAGCCAUCAAAUGAUCAAGUGCGUGGUGUCCUGGCAAAGUAUGAAGAGGGCAACUGUUUGGUCCUGGCCAUUCUUCAACUCGUUAUGGCCCAUUUCAAGGAGGAAAGGGCGUCGCUUCUGAUAGAAGUUGAUGUGGUUGAACCUUCCGUGGAGUUGCGAAGGCGCUUACCGGACACGCCAAGACUGGUCAUUCAAGGAGAUACAAUGAUGCCACAGACUUGGAUGCUGGCAGCAGAGGGUGAGGUGAUCCUUGGGCCAUCUCUCACGCCGUUUGCUGAGGGUCUGGGUGCAUUGUUUGCCAUCUACUACAAUUUCAACAUCGCUUACCAACAGGAGGCUGCAUGCACCUUGGAGUUCAUUCAAAGAGGAAUUGUGGGCAUAAACCCUGAAGACUCAAAGAUUACGAAGAGAGGAAGAGGGAUGAAUCCCCAUGUCUGCACCCUGAUGCGCAAAAUUAUGGACUUUCAGUGGUUCUCAAUAUGAUCCAGCUCUUCUAAAUGUUUUGCAGAAAUGCAAAAGUGUUUACAUUAUACACUUAUGAACCAAUAUACAGUAUGUUCACUAAAGUAUCAUUAAAAGGUGUCGAUUAGAUAAUAGUUUGAUUUUUUUUUUUAAUUAUUAUUUUUUAGUAAUUGAGUAUUUUGUUGAUCUGACAGCAAAAUCUAGUUCAGAACAAACAAUCUGGUUUAGAAAAAACAAGACUUUUUGUAACUUAUCAAGCAACUUACAGUAUGUUCACUAAAGUAUCAUUAAAAGGUGUGUAUUAGACAAUAGUUUUUUUUUGUUUGUUUUUUUGUUUUUUAGUAAUUGAGUGUUUUGUUGAUCUGACAACAAAAUCUAGUUCAGAACAAAUGAUCUGGUUAAGAAAAAACAAGACUUUUUUGUAACUUGUGUAAGACAUAUUAUGCACCAUACU